AUGCAAAUGAAGUGUAAGGAAACUAAACCAGGAACCGUCUGGUUCCAGCAGUUAUUAAGUCUGAUUUAUUUUGAGGAACAUCGCAAAGGUACUGGAAAACUGGAAACCAUGGAUCGAGUCCCCUUCUUCAAGUACAACUGUCAAAAAGUGGAUUUUGGGGAAAGACCAUCUCCUUGUCUCUUCUCUACCCACCUCUCAUACUACUUGGUUCCAAGUGGGCUGAAGAACAAAAAAGCCAAGAUUAUUUAUGUAUACAGAAACCCUAAGGAUGUUAUGUGCUCAUAUUUUCACUUUGCAAAGAAUGUGAUGUUAAAAUUUACAAGUACCUUUGAGGAAUUCAUGAAACAAUUUCUCAACAGAAGAGUGUUAGAAAGCCUUUGGUGUGACCACAUCAGAGGUUGGUAUGAGCACAAAAGCCUCUUCAACAUUCAGUUCCUGAUGUAUGAGGAGAUGAAGAAGGAUCUCAGAGGUUCUGUGUUAAAAAUCUGCAAGUUUCUGGGGAAAGAAGUGAGUGAGGAGGAUAUGGAUGCUGUUGUGAGACAGGUCACAUUUGAGAACAUGAAGUAUGACCCACUGGCAAAUUACGACAAUAUAAUAACCACAGAAUAUGGGAUGAAUGUAAAAGGUCAUUUCCUUCGCAAAGGUACCAUUGGAGACUGGAAAAAUCACAUGACUGUUGAGCAGAAUGAAAGGUUUGACAAGAUUUUCCAAAGGGAGAUGAAAGAUUUUCCCCUGAAGUUCAUCUGGGACGUGAAUGAAGAUUAG